ACGUCGAAGUGUGAUGUGAAUUAUACCGCAGAAGAAGAAUCAAAUGGGAUGAACUGUUUAUGUUUAUUCGUGUGCUACUAAAGCUCACAUAUUGUGUAACUACUAUCACACCCUGUCUUGUGACACUCAGAUAUCUUCUCGCAGUUCACCAAGACUUUGUAGACGGAGUCGGACUCUGAAAUGGUCCCUGAAUUCGUUCUGUUUCUCUCGGCACUGGGCUCGCUCGGCGUGGAAGGCACAGCCGGGAAAAAACUGCACUAUGUAACAUUGUUAUUUCGCCAUGGCGACAGAUCCCCAGUCAAGGCCUAUCCUACUGACCCAUACCAAGAGAGCGCCUGGCCUCAAGGCUUUGGACAACUAUCGCAGGAAGGGAUGCGGCAACACUUAGAGCUCGGACAAUUUUUGAGGAAGCGUUACAAAGGGUUCCUCAAUGACAGCUAUGUCCGACAUGAGAUCUCAGUGCGCAGCACAGACUACGAUCGUACCCUGAUGAGUGCCGAGGCCAACCUUGCAGGGCUCUAUCCCCCGACUGAUCAGCAAGUCUUCUCACCAAACUUAAAGUGGCAGCCCAUCCCCGUGCACACGGUGCCAAAAAGUGAAGAGAAGCUGCUGUCCUUUCCCCUUGAAGAUUGCCCUCGCUACAAAAUCCUCAUGAAUGAGACCGAACACACAGAAGAAUAUAUUAACGUUACAUCUGCUAACAAGGACAUAAUAGAGCUGGUGAGAAGUAAGACAGGACUGAAUAAGACAAAUGUAGAGUCGGUGUGGAGUGUGUAUGACACACUCUUCUGUGAGUCCCGUCAUAACAUGUCAGCUCCUGAUUGGGUGACCCCGUCAGUCAUGGAAAAGCUCCGGUUUCUCAAAGAUUUUGGAUUCAGGGUUGUAUUUGGUGUCUACAAACAGCAGGAGAAGAGUCGGCUGCAGGGAGGGCUCUUAUUAGGUGAAAUAGUGAAGAAUAUUUCCAAAGCGGCCAUUUCCAAGGAAACACACCGUCUGAAACUGAUGAUGCUUUCAGCGCAUGACACAACUGUCGCAGCCCUGCAGGCCAGCCUGAAUGUCUUCAAUGGCAGACAGCCGCCAUACGCUUCCUGUCACAUGAUCGAGCUGUACACGGAUGAGAACGGGUCUCUUUCGGUAUCCAUGUUUUACCGGAAUGACAGCACAGUUGCACCUUACGCUGUUCAGCUGCCAGACUGCGCUAUUGACUGCCCUCUAGAGGACUUUGUGAAACUUACACAACUCUCCGUUUCCAAUGACCGAGACAAAGAAUGCCAAGUACCUUCAAGUGGCAGCAAUAAAGAGGUGAUCAUCACCCUGGCAGUGUCGGGCUGCUUGCUGCUGCUCCUCGUCAUCGUCCUCUUCGUUUCCAUCGUACGCCACAAGGAGCCGUUGAGCAAUCAGGGAUAUCACCACGUCAUCAACCAGGAUGCAGGUGAGGAGUCCUGACAAGAGCGGGGUGUCGUCAAUCGCAGACGAAGCAGCUCCUCGUCAUGGGACCACAGUAAUGAAGAUGAACUUUGACCUCUUGAAGCCUCUAUCAAAUCAGUGAUUUUAUUGUCUAAAUACUUGUUGGUUUAGACAAGCUUUUAAAGAAGUGUGCAAUUUUUCACACUUUUCUGUGUUUAGGUCGGCACAUUUAUGAUUGGAAUGGGAGCUGACGUGGUGCACAGGAAGUUAGUGUUUGAAUGUCAGGAGCAGUAAGAAAGAUUCAUCCGGUCAGGUUACAUUUUUAAAUGUGUCAAUUACGAGUUCAGUUUAGUGCAAUGUUGUCUACCAUCAUGCCUUCCAAUAUUUUCUCAUGUUUAAGUCGCUCUGUUUGCCACAAAAUCAAAGUGCUGAGUGACACAAAUCUAGCGAGCAUGUCCAAGUGAAAGUAGCACAUCUGAUUUUUACUCCACUUUAUGUCAUCUGAUUGUUUUUAUUGUAAUUUUAACAUACAUGUGAUGCACCUUUUUGUUGUAUGUCAUCACUGGAACAGCAGUGAGAUCUUCUUCCAGCUUUGUUUUAACUUGAAAGAAAAAACAACUUUCAAAUAGGUUAAUUUAGUUUAAUAACCCUAAAUCACCAUAGGAAACAUUUGGGAGUGGUUGUCAUGUGAAAGUCAUGUGACUAUCUCAGGAUACUGCCCAAAAUGACAGUGUCAGGUAGAGUAAACAAGCUCAUUUACAAAAGUUUAGUUCGUUUUUUUUAACCAUUAAAGCUAAUUUUAAAUACCUUUUAAAAUGUAAUACUUUAAUAGGGUGUCUAACAUUACAGUUCAUCUUUUCUUUCUGGAUUAAUUUAAUAAAUUACAGUAUUAGAAAACGAGCUUUGGAAAAUACCGCUUUCAAGCUUUUAGCCUUAUAUUGCCAUUGAAAGUGACUUAACGCAUUUGUUACAAUAGUUAAAUUGAUAGGACCAUCAAUAAAUAACUCUGACUUCUAGCUCAGUUGUGACAAACAGAAAAGAAAAGUAUGUUCCAAAUAAAUUCAAUCCUUGUGAUGUCAAUGAAAACAUUUGAAUUGUCCCAUUUUGUGAGUUGUACUCGAUUGCAAUUUCAACUUGCUAAAUUAUGAAAUUAAUUAAACAUUGACAUGCACAAGUUUUCUUUCUUUGAAUUCUGCCUUCACGGUUACAUUCAGUACAGUUCUGUUCAAAAGAUGAUUUUAUCAAACUUGUUCUUCAAAAAAAGAUGACAUUUCGCAUGUUUGUUUUCUUACUGCACGUUACUUUGACAGGAAAACAACUUUUUCAUUGAAAACAAGUUGGCAUUUUUUUUACCUGCCAAAUUGUGUGAAAUUCUGAAUGAAAAAUGUGGGACAAUUGUUAUGAAGUUUAGAGAAAUGGGGGUUGGAGGGAUAUAUCAAUAGAAAGUUUUGCACUGGAAAAUGUGUAAUUUAAAGCAGAUUUUGGGGAAAGACAUUCUGAAUGGUUUAUAUCAGGGAUAUUCAACCAAAUUGUUUUGUAGCCACAUUUCCAGAAAGCUAAGGGGGCGAGGGCAGACUUCCUUCCCUCUUCACUAUUUAUCUUAUUUUGUAGACCCCGGAGAACCAUUUGAUUUUGGUCUACAACAAUUCUUUUGUCAGAAUUACAGGAGCACUCUGCCGUUUCUAAAGGACCUGCAAAAAAAUUAGUCAAAGUUUUUUCUAUGACAGCACUGGAGUGUUUUUAAGAAUCUGCAAAAAUGUAGUUCUGUUUUUUUUUUAACUGAACUCACAGGCCACCUGUUGAGUAGCUCUAAUGAUGAAAAAGAGAGGACCUAAAAUGGAGCCUUGAGGAACACUACCGGUACUAGGAUAACUGAAGAAGUUGAACAAAUGACUACCGGUACUGACUCCAUCUAAAGUAAACAAGCUGCAGCAAAAACUUGAUUACAUAAAUAAUAUAUUAUAUAUAUUAUAUUAUUUAUUAUUAUUCUUGUCUAUUGUGAGUGAACUGUGGUGCUGAAUUUCCCCCAAGGAUCAAUAAAGUACUUUCUAUUCUAUUCUAUUCUAUUCUAAAAUCACAUUAUGAAAAACAAUUGUAAUUGCUAAAAAGGAGAGGACUUAAAGGGGUGCCUUGAGGAAUGCCUCACUUGUGUAAAUCCCAAAUGUGGACCUUUGUGUUGGCUAGCACAGUUAAAAUGUCAAUGCAAUGAUCUGUCAAUGUGUGGUCCAAGUUCCUCGAUACAACGGGAGCAAUCUAGUUUCUAGGAAUUUGCUGCAAAAAUGUUGUUCUACCAAGUUUUGAACUGUCAUUCUCGGCCUGAAUUCUGCUACUGGUUGAAUGUCCCUGAUUUAAAUGAUUCCAUGUUGAAAUAGUUUGAGAAUUUUUUUAUCAAAAAAGGAAAAUUGUAGACUUUGGAGAAAGUGAAAUAGCUGAUUGGAAUGUCCUGAAAGUUUUUAUUUUCAGUGUAAAUUUUCUGUAACGUGUCCGGCAUUUUCCAAAUUAUUUCUAUGUGCACAGGUUGAAAUCAGUUAAGAAUGUGGAAACAUUGUCCAUUCAUUUUCAAUUAAAAAAAAAAGGUUACAUUGUGGGAACUUUGAGAGUUGGAAAAUUGCAAUCCUGAAUGGGUUGACAAAUGUGGAAAAUUGUAAGUCUGGGGUUGGAAAAUGUUGAAUUCUGGGAAAAAGGGUAAAUACCUUGAAUAUGUUCAUGAUGGAAGAUUUUUUUGUAGAAGGUACUGUAUCUUGAGUUUGACAAAAAAAAAACUUGGGAAUUUUGGGGAUGUGUAAAGUCUGAAUAAGGGAAAGGUUUUUCUUGGAAUCACUUGAGAAAUAUGCAACUUGUAACAAUUGUUAAUUUAUUUUUAAUCAGAAUGUUGUUUAAUGUGGAAAAUGUUUGGAGGUGGAUUUUUUUAAGCCUGAACAUUUUAUGCUGAAAUAUUGACAUAUGUGAGAAACUGGAAUUCUAAGAUUGAAAAAUGCAGAAUUGGGAAACACUGCUUGAAUGAAAUUAAGAUUUUUUUAUUUAUUUUGGAAGUAAUUGAGCAUCAAAAAACAGGCCGGAAAAAGAAUAAUGAAGAGGAUUGUUUCAGAAUAAUGUGUGAACAAUUGAGUGUGUAAAUGUUUUUAUUGUGUCAAUAAUGCAUUAUGUGAAUGUGAAUAAUGCAUUGUGCUAAUGAGAUUCAACAUGCAUAUAGGAGUUCAUUUAAGUGUUAUAAGUUUGUGGACUAAAAUGUUUAUGUUUAUUUUUGCAGAUGUACAUCAUUUAUCAUGAAAGAUUUUCAUUCUGUAAAUUGGGGCUACUUGUCACGCUUCAACAGCUUGUGCAAAAAGUGAGCAAUGGUCCGUAUAUAACAAUUUAAGUAUGUGUCUGCGGCGGCACAUUUUAUACAUUAAUGUAUAUGACGUUUAAAGCAGUUAUAUAUGUGAUAAAAUAAAAAAAAACUAUUAGCUUGGCGUUAGCUGUGUAAUAUAAUUAAUCAAUUUUAUUAUUGCAAUAUGCUCUUGAAAUCAGACUGGGGCAACGGUUCAUUUUUCAGCAGGACACCCUACACCUACAGUAAGCAUCACGUUUGUAGGAAACCAGUCACCGUUCAUCACCAGGCCAAUACCAUCCCUACAGUGAAGCAUGGUGGUGGCAGCAUCAUGCUGUGGGGAUGUUUUUCAGCGACAGGAAAAGGGAGACUAGUCGGGAUAAAGGGAAAGAUGAAUGCAGCAAUGUAGAAAGACAUCGUGGAUGAAAACCUGCUCCGGAGCGCUCUGGAACUCUGGGAGAGAUGGUUCAUCUUUCAGCAGGACAAGGACCCUAAGCACACAGCCAAGAUAUCAAAGGAAUGGCUUCAGGACAACUCUGUAAAUGUCCCCGAGUGGCCCAGCCAGAGCCCAGACCUGAAUCCGAUUGAACACCUCUGGAGACAUCUGAAAAUGGCUGUGCAUCGACACUUCAGGAUUGUGGCAUCGUAUUCAAAAAGACUUGAGGCUGUAAUUGCUGCCAAAGGUGCAUCAACAAAGUAUUGAACAAAGGCUGUGAAUAUUUCAGUACAGGUGAUUUUAUUAGUUCUUUAUUUUUUUUAUAAAUUUGCUAAUUUUCUAAAAAAAAAAAAAAAAAAAAAACUUUCACAUUGUAAUUAUGUCUGUAGAAUUUUUAGGACCAACAUUUUUUUCUUCCAUUUUGGAAUAAGGCUGUAUGUAACAUGACAACAUGUGGAAAAAGUGAAGCGCUGUGAAUACUUCCCUGUACAGCGGGACAAUAGCAAAUCAAGCUGCGGGCUGAA